AUUGCAAAAUUCCCCAAACGCAUCCAAAACGCUCAAAUUCCUAACCUAACUAUUUUUGUGCCGGAAAAAGUGUUGUUUUAAGUGCAAAAACCGAGUCAGAAUGGCUUUAACGAAACCCAAGUCUGAAAUGACGGCCGAGGAGCUUCAGGCUCGCGAGGAGGAAGAGUUCAACACGGGCCCCCUUUCGGUGCUCACUCAGUCGGUGAAGAACAACACUCAGGUGCUGAUAAACUGCCGAAACAACAAGAAAUUGCUGGGGCGGGUGAAGGCGUUCGAUCGGCACUGCAACAUAGUGUUGGAGAAUGUGAAGGAAAUGUGGACAGAGCUGCCCCGGCCUGGAAAGGGGAAGAAGAAAGCCAAGCCGGUAAAUAAGGAUCGGUUCAUUUCGAAAAUGUUUCUGCGAGGCGAUGCGGUUAUUAUAGUUGUAAGGAACCCCCUAGCUACGGCUAGUGGUUAAUUAGGAAUAAAAUUUGUAUCUUCA